GCUGGUCCUUGACGUGUCCAGCACCUCCACACAGGAAACAUCCACCUGAAGAAGAGAAGUUCAUUCUGCUGAAGGUGAUCGUCUUUAAUCUACAUCCACCAUGAAGCUGCUGACUCUCCCUUUACUUCUCUGUGCCAUGAUAGCGCUGAGCACAGCUGCAGAUGCUGAUGAAGGGCAUGACGUCAACAAACGAGAGGCAGAAGAAGAGAAACAGCUCAACAAGAGAUCACCUUAUUGCCCCGGAGGCUGGGCGAGACACGGACGUCGCUGUUUCUUCUAUUUUUCACAUGCUUUAACAUGGGCGCAAGCUGAGAGAACCUGCCAGGUCUACGGAGGAAACCUCGCUUCUGUGCACAACGUCAAACAUUUUAAAUGGCUUCAUAGAUACGUUCAUAGCAAGACUCAUAGCAGAACAGUGGUAUGGAUUGGAGGCUAUAACAUUCCACAGUAUGGCUACUGGUUCUGGAGUGAUGGUAAACCUUUCCGUUAUGCAUCGUGGUGCGCAGGACAUCCCGUAAACAACGGCAUCCAGAACUGCAUUCGGCUCAGUGAUACUGGGUGUAGCAGAUGCAUGGAUACUGCUAACUGCUUCUAUCAGCACCCCUUUGUCUGCGUCAGGAGAAAGUAAAGAAUACUGGAGCUCCAAAAGCAAAAUAUAAAGAAAUCAAUCUAUUCUAUCUUUCCAUAUUUGUCUUUUAAUGCUGUAACGCUACAUAAGGAAUGAAACGACAAGAGAAAAGCGGGAGCUGGAUCGUCUCUCAGGGCUUCUGCCUUAAACAAGAGAAGACUGAAUGUGUCAUGAAAUGAACGCUUUCGCCACUUCUUUUUCUGCACACUGAACUGUAAUCUUUUUUCCUCUUGCAAAUUAAAACUAUGAAGCAUUGAA